AUGGCCCCGGCAAACAACUUCUUCAAGGCCGCGCGCCCCGUCCUCCGCCAGCAGGCUUUCGCCGGCGCCCAGGUCCGCAACGCCUUCCGUACCUCUCAGUUCCGCGCCCAGUUCCGCGAGAGCUCCAAGAGGUGGCAGAGCUCCUCUGCCUCCGCUGAGGGCGCCCAGCAGAGCUGGUUCAAGCGCAUGUGGGACAGCCCUGUCGGCCUCAAGACGGUGCACUUCUGGGCCCCUGUUAUGAAGUGGGCUCUCGUCCUUGCCGGUGUUGCCGACUUCGCCCGUCCUGCUGAGAAGCUCUCCCUCACCCAGAACGGUGCUCUGACUGCCACUGGUAUCAUCUGGACUCGUUGGUGCUUGAUCAUCAAGCCCAAGAACUACCUUCUUGCCGCUGUCAACUUCUUCCUCGGUGUCGUCGGUGUUGUCCAGGUUUCUCGUAUUCUCAUCUGGCAGUCUUCCCAGAAGAAGACCGCCGGCGAGUUGGUCCAGGAAGUGAAGGAGGACGCCAAGGAGGCCACCAAGGAGGCCGUCAAGGCGUAG